AUGCAAGCCCCGCCCCUGGCCACUGUUUUUGAGAGCGCCUUCGUUGUUAAUAGUACAAAGCCAAUGGCUCCACACGGCGUCGCGCUCGCCGCGGCGGCGGCAGCCAUUCUCUCGCAGCAGCACGCCGCCCGCGCCUCCGAGUACAUGACCGCCGACGACGCGCUCGCCAGGACGCAGCAACGGCAGCGGGCGCCGCGGCCGGCCAACGCGCCCACCGCCGAGCGCGCGAGGGCGGCCGAGCUGGCGGCCGAGCUGGCGGCCGAGCAAAAGGCGGCCGCGGCCAACGAGCGGGCCAUCGCGCAGGCCGCCAAGCGCGCCUCGGCCGAGCAGGCCAAGGCGUCGCGGCGUGAUGCCGCAGACGCAAAAGCCGCAGAC